UUUCCACAUUCCUGCUUUUCUUAAUCUACAAGGUGAAUAUGAUAGUGCACCCGAAGACAAAGGAGUAAAACAUGAAGAUUCUCGUGGGGCCUAGGCGCUCCCUCCUGUCGUUCUGAUGACGGCCGGCAAUCUGAGCAACCAGUUAGAUUUGACAGGCAUGGCAACAAAAUUUGGCCAAAUUUAUGACGGCGUGUUUUCGGUGUACUUGACCAACCCCUCACAAAGAUCGGACACAGGACUCCUUGGGUAUCAUCGAAUCGGGAUUCUGUGUGCAGUGAUCGAGUCUUUACAGGUUGCUGUGGUCGAAGAGCACGACUCUGCAUGGAACUCCAUACCUCUCGUGCUCCACUCCUUGGCACAGAAUCUCCUGCUCACUCACUGUACGUGUAGAGGAGUACAGGAAUAUCAUACAGCCCUGCAUUCAAAAGCUGAUUCCCGUCAAGGGCUCAAUCUGAUCUUCAGCAAACCUCUCGCAAGGAUCGACUCUACAACUCUCUCCAAAACAUUAAUCUGGAUUAUGUGGAUUGUUACUGAGCCUUAAUAGUUGCUGUAGAUGAAGAGCAAGUUAAUGCAUGGACCUCCAUCUCUCGUGUAGUACACCUUGCCAAGAAUCUCGUGCUCACUUCACCGGUACAAGAACGCUGUGGGAUAUAAUGAAGCUCGCUUCCUCUGCCUCUGGCAUUCAAAUUCUGACCCUAGUCGUCAAGGGCUGAAUCAUCAUAUCUGAAGUUGACCUGAAGGAAACCUCUGGCCCCAUUCAACCUGACGACUUUCUCUUGGACAAUUUUCGGACUUCAGGUGGCUUCUUGAACGAGCAAGGACAAGCUUAUUCGAUGAGUCAGAGAGGCAUUCACCUUUUUCUCUGAUGCAUCAGCAUGACGAAUGAGCAUAAAUUCCGGCAGACUUGACCUCUACAUCUAAACCGAAAGGACGAAGUUGCCCCACGGUGCUGCCUCUCCUUUUCCUGCAGACUCGUGAACGUGGUUCGAUCGCCUACAAUCUUGGGUGGCAAAGUGUUGAGAUAGGACCGUCAUGUAUUAGGAGCCACUUACUGACAUGCAAAACGAAGAAUUUUAUUAUGGAUAGAGGUCUUCAAAGUGGUUACGGCCUAAAUCUCAAGAAUCAAUAAUUUCUCAGACACAAUCAUAACACAAAAGGCUUCUACAUGGAAUUCUUCACAAACGAAUCACAUGACAAUCACUUGACCGCCUCUCUUUGCUGAACUCGGUCACCAGGUUUCAACAUUCACUGCCACUUUGAUCUUUCUGUCACCAACUAUACGAAAUACUGGAAUUGCAUUGGCUCGAUUCCAACCUCACCACAAUAACGAGCUUCUUAAGGAAGUGGGUUAUGGAGAUGAGAGCAGAUGAGAUGGUGCACCAUAUUUGGCUCAGUACUUCGAUGGACUGGCUUAGUCAGAGCAUAUCUCGCGAGGCGUAUGCAUGACCAUACCGGCAAGCCCAUGAUGAAUCCGCAGGUAGACAGUCUACGUCAAAAUUCACCAUGAGCAGGGUAUGGGGACUCGAGGGUAUCAAGAUCCCCACGAAGCAGCAACAAUCGGCAAGGUCCAUUGCCGCUGGUUGAGGGGACCCAGCUCUCUCCCAAGAGAUCAGUCAUUCAUGUGACCUGAGCAUUGUUUAUCACUCACUACCAGUUUCCUCAACCGCUCAGCUUCCACUCUGUGUGUGAGUGAGUGAGUAGGCCUGUUUCCACGAAGUGACAAAUCAGAGGAUGUACAGUCGAUGACAAUGAGGACAGCAGAACAAGCUCAGAUACUAUGGCGGAGAAUUACCGAUGCCGAAGUGCCCUGCAGGUUAUACGUUCAGAUGCAUCGCUCCUCUCACAAAUGGUUGUAAAUCUCGACCUCCCACUCGACCCUCCUCCCGCCUCCCGAACCAUCUCUCAAAUAGUGGAACGAAACUUCACAGCACUUCCAGCGUCGUCGAAGAAGCUCAACCUGCCAACGCCGACAUCUCCAAAGAAGCAGCCGCCAGGCUGCAAGUUGGAUGAUUGAUCGGUUCCCAAACACAUCGUCAAGCUCGGUGCGGACUUGCAACAUCCGGAAUUUCCGAUGCUUUUGUCCACCUUGAUUCAAGCUGGUCCAUACCUUCCAAGGACGAUGUGUGUUCGUGAGCUAUGCAUCGAAGACGACAGACUGUUCACUACUGCGCUAGAAUUCUCAUUGCCCUGCCUUCAGAUCCGAAGACUCUAAUCUACUUCUCCAUCUCGUUGGCUUCUGUUUCCGGGCCCCUAAAAUGGACUCAGAGCGUAAGAGUGACGCUUAGAGUGGAAUAUCAUGAACAUGUCUAAGACCUUCAUGAGGAAUAUGGGAGAGGGAGUGCUCAGAUCCGAGAAGAAAUCCGAUCCAAAGUGAGAAUCUUCAAGCCGAAUACAACAUCGGCUUACGGAAAUGGUCACAAAGUCGGCCAUGGCGUCGAAGAGGGAGAGGGAAGUGGAAGCGAAAUUUCAACAACUGAGAAUGAUCUUCGAGGCAGCUGUGGACUGUGAAUGUGUAUUUCCACAAAAAUCUCGUAGAACCUUUCUGGAGUUGGGGAAAUCUGUCCUCGCUUUGCAAGAGCAUGUGGCUCAUUUGUAUGCUCUUCUGAUGGACGAUUUUUAGGAGAUGAUUUUGUAAAACGCUGUGUGUAUAUCACUAACUACAAGCAUCUCGCACGUUCCCCAGGUUGACAAGAAUUGAGUGUGAGGACAGUAUGAGUAUGAGAGUCUCCAAUUGCAGAAUAUAGUGUAGUCAUCACAUCCUGGGAAAGUUUUGAUUGCAUCAGGA